AUGGAUCCGAGUCUGUACAACGAAAGGCGUGGAGGCUUGCCUCUACAUGAGUUACUAGCAGCUUUGGAGGACGAUAUCGUCGAUUCUGCCGAUAUCUAUAUCACUCCACCUCAAGAUGGUGAAGAAACAGAUCAAGAUAGUGACUUAUCGGAUGAUGACCAUGAGGGCAAUAUAAACCAUUUGGGUCCAGCAACGCUGAAAGCUGAGGCAGAGGUUAUUCUACAUCGUACCAUACGACCCAGUAAACUUUCAAAUGAUGAUGAAGUUCCUUCAUGUUCUCAUAAUUCAUCGAAACCGCCUACUCCUCACAAAAUGGCUCCAUCAUCCAGUAUGCAAGACUCAAGUGAUGAUGACCUUCCGCUGUCGUCAUUCAUACAAUCGAAUCAAAUUUCGUUAGAUAGGCCUGCAAAGAAACAGAAACCAAAUGUGCUGCCAAAAACACAUGAAUCGAAUAUGGAAAUGAACCUGAGAAGAGUAGCAAAAAAUAAAGAUGAAAUGAAAUAUCUUGAGAAGGGCCAUACGCCGAUGGAAGUAGAUUCCGUGCAUAGUACCAUUGAAAAACGACUCAAGAAUCGUGAUAUUAUCUACUCACCUUAUGAAUACAUUGCUGUUUGUAAAGAAGCAAGGAGAAGACACCCUUAUCAUGUGAAAUACAUGAAAUACACUGAUUUCAAAGAAUUCAGUGAAAUUCCGAUCUACUAUUCCAUUAGACCAGGUCGUAAACCUGACUUUGAAAAAGUUGUUAUCGGGGAACUGACGCUACUAAAUCUGAAGAUCAAUGCUAUGGGCGAAAAUGUGUCAACAAUAUUAAGUUUUAUGAGACAAAAUACAAAUACAGCUAUGCAAGAACCAGAUUUAUUCAAGAAAAUCAAAAUAUUCAAUAGUAAAUUGCCGUUGAAAUCUAAUGAGGGACUCGAAGAGUUGGAAGAUUGA